AUGGCAUCGCCUGAUGAAGAGGCGCCUCGCGAUUUCUUGGCUGUGGAUUCACAGGCACGGCCCUCGCCCUCGCAGCCCUCGCAGAGCUUGAGUGCACGAGGCGCGCGGAGAGUAUGGAUCUCGCUCGGGUUUCUCAUCGUGGUUGUGGGUACACUUUCUGCAAUGGCGUGGGAAGAGAUCCCGUCCUACUUGUCGCUCAAGAUGCGAGUGUCCCCGGAGAGUCCGAUGCAGAUUCGCCCUGAAUUGCAAGACCCUCAACAUGAGCUGGGCCAUCCCAAGCGGAUGCUCUUUGUGGUUCACUCAGAUUCCAACUUUUAUUCCUCACGUGUGAAGUGGGUAAUGGAGACGUGGGGCAAAGAUCUCACAAACGAGACUCUGAUCAUCAUUGGCGACUCGGUGCCAAAAGACGAUCUGGGCGGCAUCAUUCGAGCCACUGGAUGUCCUUCGCACUCACACAAUCGAGGGCUCGACUGCAAGGUGUCCCAGGAUUUGAUUCAGGCAGAUGUGGCGAUGCAGCAAGACCCGUCCUUGGCCUGGGCGUUCAUUGUGGAUGACGACGCCUACGUCAGGACAGAUGCCCUGUCCAGCUUCCUGUUGCCCAAAGACGGCAAGGGCAAGCAUGGGAAGGGGGUUGCGCUCGGCAUUUUUGGAUGUGGGACCACAGAUCCCGAGUGUGGCGGAUUGCUGUGUGGUGGCGGUGGCCUUGUGAUGAGCCGCGAGGCGGUACGCAUCACGGUGGCGGGGCCCGAGGGACGAGGCCCCAAGGCUUUCGCCCGAGAGGUCGCAGAGAACUUCAAGAAAUGCGGCCAGUGGGGCGACAUCGCGGUCUCAAAGGCCAUCCGCCAACGAGGCGUUCAGCUCACCCCCAUGCAGGGCCUUCACGGGUGGCGCCUAGCCAAGUCUUGCUUCGAUGUGGCCAUGCAGGAGAAGGAGCCCAGCUUCAUGUUCCACUACCAGAAGAAUGAGCAAUCUCUGCAGAUGCUGCACCGCAUUUUUACCGGCAAAGGCGACGUUGCAAAGUACGACCCGCGGAAGUGCGUGAAGUUCCGCAAGAAGUCUUUCUGUAUGGACCGAGGGGGCCUUCGCCCCUGGGACGACGAGAUCUCCAGACCCAAAUGCAGCAGGCGACUGCAGCAGAUUGUGCAGGAAUCCAUCGUCGUGGAGAAUGCCCGGCGCUUGCAGGACGUCGACCGACCGGGAGUGACAAAUGAGCUCAAUUGGCUAGAGGCUUGUGCUACUUGUGCUAGCAUGCAUUUCUUUUCCUUUAGACCUUGCAGUGCUUUUUGA